GAAAGGAAGGGGAGUCAGGGGCUGUAGGAACCAUGGUGAGUGGAGUUAGACUGUGUGAAGAGAAGCUGAGGCUCCACUGUGACACUGGAAGCAGAGCUGAGAGCAGAGCUGGGAGCAGAGGGACCUGCAGCUGAACCUGAAAGCUCCUGAAUCAAUACCGAGACAGAAGCUUUGGAGAGAAGUCCUGCAACAAGAAAAAAAAAGAUGUCAGUGGUCUCCUCUGGACCGCAGAGGAUAGAAAGAACACACUGCACUCACACACUCCGAUAGAACCUCACAGAAGAGGCACUGUGGUUCUCUUUGGGGAAUGGUGACAAACUACUGUCUCUUAGUACAAGAUGCCUGUGAUGAAGGGCCUCCUCGCCCCACAAAACACCUUCCUGGAUAGCAUUGCGAACCACUUUGAUGGCACGCACAGUAACUUUCUACUGGGAAAUGCUCAGGGUCGCCACGGUUACCCCAUUGUGUACUGCUCUGAUGGGUUCUGCGAGCUGACCGGCUUUGUGCGGAUUGAGGUGAUGCAGAAAACCUGUACCUGCAUUUUCCUUCACGGGGUCGAGACCAAUGAAAGUGCAAUCCAGCAGCUGGACAAAGCUCUGGAGGGACAGCGGGAGUACCAGGCAGAAGUCUGCUUUUACCGGAAAAAUGGAAACCCAUUUUGGUGCCUCCUGGAUAUUGUUCCAAUUAAAAAUGAGAAAAGUGAGGUGGUGCUGUUCCUGUUAUCCUUCAAAGAUGUCAGUGAAUCGCAUGAGAAAAGCUGUCUCUACGCCCAAGGAGAAGGUACGUCGGAGGCUGCUUACCAAGGCAGGAAAAGCAACCAAUCUCACUUCUCACAAGCUCGGGAGAGAGGAAGGACAAUUCUGCACCACCUGACCAACCUGUUCACCAAGAGGGGCAACAGGAAACUGACUGAUAGUGUGUUCCAGAAGCCGUCUCUACCUGAGUACAAGGUUGCGGCCGUGAAGAAGUCACGCUUCAUCCUGCUGCACUACAGCAUCUCCAAGGCCCUGUGGGAUUGGCUCAUUCUACUGGCGACCUUCUACGUCGCUGUCACCGUGCCUUACGACGUCUGCUUUGCCAGUCAUGACCAGGACAGCGACCACCACUCGCUCAUCAAUCAAAGCACUAAAGGCAGUGACAUAGCUGUGGAGGUGCUCUUCAUACUUGAUAUUAUCCUGAAUUUCCGCACCACCUACGUGAGUCAGUCGGGACAGGUGGUGUACGACGCCCGCUCCAUCUACCUCCAUUACUGCACCACCUGGUUCUUCGUGGAUCUGAUCGCAGCUUUGCCCUUCGACCUCCUCUACGCUUUCAACAUCACUGUGACCUCGCUUGUGCAUUUGUUGAAGACGGUCCGUCUGCUGCGUCUGCUGCGCCUCUUGCAAAAAUUGGAUCGUUACUCUCAGUACAGCGCCGUGGUCCUGACCCUGCUCAUGUCUGUGUUUGCGCUGCUGGCUCACUGGAUGGCUUGUGUCUGGUACGUCAUCGGACGCAAGGAGAUAGAGAGCAGUGACCCUGUUACCUGGGACAUAGGCUGGCUUCAGGAGUUGGGAAAGCGUCUGGAGACCCCAUACAUCAACAGCACCAUGGGUGGUCCCUCCAUGCCGAGUGCCUAUAUCGCCUCUCUCUACUUCACCCUCAGCAGCCUCACCAGUGUCGGUUUUGGCAACGUCUGUGCCAAUACGGACGCAGAGAAAAUCUUCUCCAUCUGCAUCAUGCUCAUGGGUGCCCUGAUGCAUGCAGUGGUCUUCGGCAACGUGACAGCCAUCAUCCAGCGCAUGUACUCGCGGCGCUCGCUCUAUCACACCCGAAUGAAGGACCUGAAGGACUUCAUCCGUGUGCAUCGGCUACCUCAGCAGCUGAAGCAAAGGAUGCUGGAGUACUUUCAGGCCACCUGGUCGGUCAACAAUGGCAUCAACGCCAAUGAGUUGCUGCAUGACUUCCCGGACGAGCUGCGAGCUGACAUCGCCAUGCAUCUGAACAAAGACAUCCUGCAGCUGCCUGUGUUUGAGCGAGCAAGCAGAGGGUGUCUGCGCUCCCUCUCCCUGCACAUCAAGACCUCCUUCUGCGCACCAGGAGAAUAUCUCAUCCGCCACGGAGAUGCCCUACAAGCCAACUAUUUCGUCUGCUCGGGUUCCCUGGAGGUUCUGAAAGACACCAUGGUCUUAGCCAUUCUGGGCAAAGGUGACCUCAUCGGGGCUGAUCUCCCGGAACGUGAUCAGGUGAUCAAGACAAACGCAGAUGUGAAGGCACUGACCUACUGCGACUUGCAGUACAUCAGUGUCAAGGCUUUGAUGGAGGUCCUCAGGCUGUACCCAGAGUACGGCAGCCGCUUCAGCUCUGACAUCCACCACAACCUCACCUACAACUUGAGAGAGGGCAGCGAAACUGAUGGAGCAGCACGGUUUCCAUGGACACCGAGAUUGUCUCAGAGUCAUGUUUCUGUGGACCACAAGCUGCCAUUUAUCAUUGAGGCAGACUAUGCAGAACACGAGGACGACAUGAGACACUCUCAGCAGAGAAGAGGGCCUCUGCUGCAGGGAAUGGGCAGCCCCGUCCAUCAGCGCUGUCUCAGCAGCCUGUUGGGGGAGGAGCUCCACCACAUCAACGCACUCCACCUCUGUCGGUCACCUGUCCAAGGCAGCAGAGGCUGCAGCCCCUCUCCUCAGGCAUUCAGAGAGAGAGAGGAGCUCUCUCUCUCCCCCUUGCCCAGUCUUACCACUGACACAGACUCGAACCAUCGGCCUGCCAAGCUGCUCAUGCCAUUCUUACCUUGUGUUAGUCCACUGGACCUUAGCCCCAGAGUCGUGGAUGGAAUUGAGGACAAUAGUCUCGCAUUUCAGUUUAAUGUCGAGCAGAGCGAAGCCAAGACUAAUUUAACAGAACGGUUACAAGUGAGUGCUAACCUGCUUUUGGAAACAGAGGAAGUGAGACAAAACAUAAGCAAGCUGAACAAAGAGGUGAAUAACUUGAACCAAGAUGUCUCCAACCUCGCCAAGGAGCUCCAUGACAUAAUGCAUUGCCUACAGUCUCAUAUGGCCAUGCUCCAUUACAACUCUCCAGGUUCUUCAUAUUCCUGUGGAAUACAGAUGGCUCCCAGUCCUAAUGUUACUGCUUCCAGUGACUGGCCGGCCCACGUCCCUUUAAACAUGGCCACUGGACUGCACCUCCAUCAUGAAGCCAUUAGCCACCCUGCCAGAAACGUGUGUGGCUGCACUGGGAUGGCCUCCCAGGGCAGAAGUCCCACCGUGCUGCACUCAUCGAGCCCCAUGUCGUCCUGUCUACACGUGUGCUGCUCUGACAGAGAAGCGGCCUCAGCUAACAGGCUGCAGAGCCAGUGUGGCCCCUACCCAACCUCCAGAACAACUCCAAACUCUCCUUACAUGACCCACUCACAUGGUCAGAGGUGUCCAUCCCUGUUGGGCCUCAGCUCUGCCUUCAGUAGCUUCCCGGUGGUUUGUCAGGCCCCACAGGUGGCCUACAAUGCCUCUGUUCCCACAAUGAGCAACACUCUUCCCAUAUGUUCCCCAGUAAAUACUGGCUACACCCAUCCUUCUCUGGGUGUUCAAACCAACUCUGACCCUACACAUAAUCAGACCAGGUCCCAGACACCCAUCCAUUCCUCUGUCACCCCCUCAAGUCAGCCACAGUAUCACACUGCUUUCAGCUCUCUCAACCCUUCAGGAGUCCACACGUCAAUAUGCACAGGCCACAUCCUGGGCCGACAGAGCUCUGUCGAUAGUUCCAGACCAAAUGAGCCAGUAGGAUCCGUCCACCACACACAGGACUUUGCAUGUUCUCUGCUGAACCAGGUAGCUGACAGGACUGACAAUGUAGAAACACAGCACAUGAGUUCUCCAGCUCUAGAAGUUCAACCACUUCUCUUAGAAAUGGAGGGAAUACAAAACCCACACUGAUGACGUCAGUAUCUUGUUGUGUUAUUGUGUGACAAUGAUAACUUUAUUGUACCUUUCAGUGUAAAGUUCCCAUUCAAUGAAUACACCCACAUGCAUGAACAACUGUUGAAAGUCUCUGUCACAACUGAAUAAAAAAAUGUCUUAAUGGUUUUUACCAUAAUAACAUUAUUUGUGAAUUUUGGUUGUGAUUACUGGUCUGCAGGAUCACAAGAUGGAUAAUGCUUUAACUAUCCACAAACAUGUAAACCUCUCUAUCUCUCUAUAGCAUUUCAUCGCAUAUGUGCAUUUGUAUUAUCAGACUCACUGCAAGACGUUAGUAUGCGUACAUGUACAGUUAAUAUUUCCACUUCUGUUAUGAUACUUUUACAAGUAGAGUAUCUGGGUCUGUCAAGCAAACUAUGGGUAUGCAGCACCACCUAGUGUUGAUAAGUGGUUGCAAAAUGAAAGGCUGAUAAUUCACUCUGAACAGAGAGGAACAAACUUGGUUAACUGGAAUAGUUGUACUUUUUACUCCAUUGCAUCUUUUAUUAUUAUUAUUAGUAGUAGUAGUCGUAGUUUGUACUAUAAACAUCGUUUUAGAUUAAUACUCACAUUAUGUGAUUAAUCACACAAUGCUUUGCUAGAGUUUAAACCAGUUGUUCCCAAAUAUUUAGAUUUGUGUCCCCCAUUAGAAUUGUUUUAAUUAUAACCAAACAAACCAAAGAGUGAUUUUCCUUUUAAUUGUCUGAUUGUUUCAUGUCCGAGGCCUAAAUUGGCAAAUAUUACGAAGUUAAAACCUUUUUCAAAAAUGUGAAAAUAUGAAGAAAAGAAUUACAGUAACUUUAUGUGGCAGAACUUUGUAUCUUCUUAUUUCAAGCCCUCAUAUUAUUUUCAGGGCCCCUCAGAUUUAUCAUGUGACCCUUUGAAGGGGCCGGCCCCUCUACGUUGGGAACAACUGAACCAAGUUACCUGAAUGUACAUAAAGUACUUAAUACUAGCUCCAACUCAAUAAAGCUACAAUAAAGAAAUGUUUAAUGGUUAGUAAUACAUCAACACUAAUGAUAUAACAUGUCAUAGAAUAAUUUAGCCUACACUAACUGGAGCCAUUUACUCAAUCACUUUAUUUUAGAUACUUUUACUUGACUUUGAGGGGUUCUUCUAAAAACAUCCUUUCAGCAUCUUCG